UAUAAUAUUCGGGUCGGACCAGGAGGUGGCGGGACUGAUGCGGGCGGUGCGGAGGUGUAAUGCUACAGGCAGCUUCUCCUGGAUCGGUAGUGACGGCUGGUCUGCACGGAGUCUGGUGUGGCAGGGCAGUGAGGCGGAAGUCGAGGGGACACUGAGCGUACAACCACAGGCUAACCCCGUACAAGGUUUCGACCUCUACUUUCUCAAUCUGACAGUGGAAAACAACAAGCGAAACCCUUGGUUUGUAGAAUUCUGGGAGGACCACUUUCACUGCCGUUACCCGAACAGUUCGCGGACUCCUCACAACCAGAAAUACACUCGAGCCUGCACGACCAAAGAGCGACUGACCAGAGACAAUACCGCCUUCGAGAACCAGCUUCAGUUCGUGAGUGACGCGGUGAUGGCCUUCGCACACGCCUUCAAGGACAUGCACCGGGCCGUGUGUAAGGGACGGCCGGGACUCUGUGACGCUAUGAAGCCCACCAAGGGCCCCGAGCUGCUCAAGUACCUGAGGACAGUCAACUUUAAAGGUCUUUCCGGAGAUAAAUUUCGGUUCGACCCCAACGGAGACGGCCCGGCCCGCUACAACAUUAUUCACUUCAAGCAGGUGACGGCAGGCAACUACCAGUGGGUGCACGUGGGGGAGUACGUGGAGGGGGAGCUCAGACUGAACAUGUCAGGAAUACAGUUCCGACUAUCGCACCCUCAACCCCCGGAGUCUGUAUGUAGUCCAGCCUGCGAGCUGGGGCAAGCCAAGAAGUACGUAGAAGGGGAAUCUUGCUGCUGGCAUUGCUUCAACUGUUCCCAGUACCAGAUAAGACACCCCCUAGAUGAGACACAAUGUGUAAACUGCCCUGAAGGUACAGUUCCAGACGCCGCCAAGCAGAUCUGCCUGGAGAUACCUGAGGUGUUCCUUAGGGCCGAGAGUGCCUGGGCUAUUGGUGCAAUGUCCUUUUCAACGACCGGUAUCCUGGUGACAUUGUUCGUGGCUGGAGUGUUUGUGCGACACAACGAGACACCGGUAGUGAAAGCUGCAGGACGAGAACUGAGCUAUGUCCUACUCACUGGCAUCCUACUGUGCUACCUAGUGACUUUCGCACUAGUCCUUCGUCCCACUAACGCAGUCUGCGGCAUACAGAGGUUUGGAGCUGGUUUCUGUUUCACGGUUGUGUAUGCGGCGCUCCUCACCAAAACGAACAGGAUCUCGCGUAUUUUCAACGCCGGCAAGAGAACUGCUAAGCGACCCUCCUUCAUCACACCUAAGUCCCAGCUGAUUAUCUGUAGCGGACUAUGCAGUGUACAGGUUCUGAUCAACGCAAUCUGGUUCUUUGUGUCGCCGCCGCGUGCCAUCCACCACUACCCCACGCGGGAGGACAACCUCCUGAUCUGCUCCUCCUACGUGGACGCCUCCCACAUGAUCGCCUUCGGCUACCCUAUCGUCCUCAUCAUCGUCUGCACCGUGUACGCCGUCAAGACCCGCAAUAUCCCUGAAGCCUUCAAUGAGUCAAAGCACAUAGGUUUCACGAUGUAUACUACGUGUGUAAUCUGGCUAGCCUUCGUACCUCUUUACUUUGGCACUGGCAACCACAUGCCCUUGCGUAUCACCUCAAUGUCAGUGACCAUCAGCCUGUCCGCCAGCGUCACCAUCGCCUGCCUCUUCUCCCCCAAGCUGUACAUCAUACUAAUACGGCCUGAGCGCAACGUCCGCCAGAGUAUGAUGCCAGGAGCCUCCUCUCGAUACUCCGCCACUCUCAAGUCCGGCACUAGCGGCAGUGUCAUGGUUGCCGCAGUCUCCACUACUCACAGGCUCUCUCAGCCCUUCAUCGCAGCAACUGAUACAUUAGGCUCAAGAUGUAUUGACAUCGAAAUGUGCGCCGACUUUGCAGCAAAGAAGCCGGCUCUGGUGAACAGGUCUACACAGACUAUCCUUCCGCCGGCUGCAAGCAACAACAACCACGCGCCUGACGACCUGCUGCCCAACAACAAGAUGUUGAACAAUAUCAUUGGGAACGGUCCUCUGGACGGUGUGCAACUGUAGCACAAGGCCCAGUCUAGAGACGGCGAUGUGGGGUUAUAGCAGGCUCUACCACCUGUUCCAAAGACUCAAAUAUUUCCAACAUAUUGUACUUAUUUUAAAAUUAUUUUUUGGGUAUAAUUAUUUUUAUGGUAUAGGUUUUAAACUUUGUAAAGUCGUUUUAGAAUAAAUAUUAACCUUCGUACAUUAAAGGUAUAUUACAGAUAGUUUUUUUUUAGUUAGUAUUACAUUAAUAUACCCAAUCAAAACAUUGAUACAUUUUAGUACAAAGUACAGUAUAUGACAUAUGUUUUAUGAGUAAGACAACUAUUGAUUGUAAUAGACCAAUUUAUUUUUGAUUUAACACUUUUUCAAAAUUUUUUGUUAUUCUUGUAUAAUACUAUUUGAGAAUAAAACUUAGUGGUUUGAACAUAGAAUUUUCAUCUGAUACCAGUACACUUAUUUUUAUAGCUAAAAGCUAGGUUAAUAAGUCUUAUUGUAAAUAUAUGUGUAAAUACUUAAUUAUUGUAAAGGGUUCUGUAAUAUUUUUAACUGUAGAAUAAUAGAUUUCCUUGUAAAUAUUACAGUUCUUAGCUUCCGGGAAGUGAUAAUCUUGACUCCCGGUCGCAAUGAGCCCUGCGACCGGAAGUCGGGACACACUAGACCGGAAGUUUCCCGUGUUUCGACUGUUUACUGGUGCGUAAUGUGAUAUCUGUCAUAUGUUCAUUCUCUCUAAAUAGUAAGUUACAGAGUAUUGAACACUUUAACAAAAUAGUACAAUAGAAAUACGAUUUCUUCACAAUACGUAAUUUAAGUUUUACUGUCUACAAAAAUAUAGUAUAUUAAAGGUGACUUUCUUUUAGAUUCAUAAAGUAGAUCUGGCAGUUGCAUUAUUAUAUCAUUUAGUAACAGACCAAUAAAUAAAAGAGGUAUUUUAUUGUUAAUAUAAAUAAUAAAUGGUGUACGUUAUGUUAAUUUACCAAUGGGUUUAUACGUUGUGAAAGAACCGUACGCUAACAGACAUUGUAUUGUAAUAAAAUAAAAUAUGGUAUUUUUUA